UGACACCAUGCUGUCCUGCCGCCUGCAGUGCGCGCUGGCCGCGCUCUCCAUCAUCCUGGCCCUGGGAGGUGUCACCGGCGCGCCCUCGGACCCCAGGCUCCGUCAGUUUCUGCAGAAGUCUCUGGCUGCUGCUGCAGGAAAGCAGGAACUGGCCAAGUAUUUCUUGGCAGAGCUGCUGUCUGAGCCCAACCAGACUGAGAAUGAUGCCCUGGAACCUGAAGAUCUGCCCCAGGCUGCUGAGCAGGAUGAGAUGAGGCUGGAGCUGCAGAGAUCUGCAAACUCAAACCCAGCGAUGGCACCCCGAGAACGCAAAGCUGGCUGCAAGAAUUUCUUCUGGAAGACGUUCACAUCCUGUUAG